GCAUCUCCGAACAACAUGUACAGCGUGCUAUUGCUUGUCACCAGUUUUCUAGCUGCGGCCGUAGCGGCCGUUGGCGCAUAUCUCUUCUACCUCAUUGUCCUCUGGCCCCGGUGGAAUCCCCUAUGCAGGUUACCCGGCCCACCCACACGGAGCUUUUUUGGGAACCAUCUGGCUGCGGUGCUAGAUCCCUCUAGGUCUCCACGGGUCCACGAGAAGUUCGUCAAAGAGUAUGGGCGCAAUGUGCGGAUACGCGGGCUUUUCCCAUGGGAAGAACGUCUCAUCACCCUAGACCCCAUCACCCUCACGCACGUUCUUAAGCAUUCCACGAUUUACGAGAAGCCCUGGCAGUCGCGCACCCUCAUCUCCGGCAUGAUAGGCGUCGGUAUGCUCGCGGCGGAGGGGCAGAUGCACAAGCGUCAGCGCCGGGUCGCGACCCCAGCGUUCUCGAUUCAGAAUAUGCGCGCCCUCAUCCCAGUGACAUUUCAAACAGGCUUGGCGCUCAGGGACAGAUGGAUGGCACUCAUCUCCGAUGUGCAAGACGUCCCUGCGAGCGAGAAGUCCGGUGGCGGGAGGAAGCUCGACGUCUGCCACUGGGUGAGCCGUGCUACGUUCGAUGUCAUCGGCCUAGCAGGCUUCGACUACCACUUCAAUGCCAUACACGAUGGUUCGAACGAGCUCUUCAUGGCCUACAAGGACAUGUUUGAAAUCGCGAUCUCGCAACAGAAAGGCAGUCUUUGGGACAUUGCUGUGCUUUACUUCCCGGCACUCGAUGGGCUCUGGCCCGGAGACCGCUACCGAGUCGUAGCGAAGUCACACGAAGUUAUCAACCGCGUGGCGGGUCGUCUCAUCCAGGAGAAAAAGACCAAGAUCGCAGAAGCCGAGAAGGUUGGAAGCGUCUACGGCGGCAAGGACCUUCUCAGUGCCUUGCUAAAGUCGAACAUCGCUGUCGACCUCCCGCCCGACCAGCGCAUCUCCGACGAGGACAUCCUCAACAACAUCAAUACCUUCCUCUUCGCAGGAUCGGACACGAGCUCGCUCACUGUGACUUGGCUCAUUUACCUCCUCGCCAAGUAUCCCGAGGUGCAAGAACGCCUUCGCGCCGAGCUACGCUCCGUCGCCCCCACGGUGCCCCUCGAGUCGCUCACGCAGGACGAGAUCGCCUCCGUGUACGCCUUGGUUGCUGAGCUGCCGUACCUGGAGAACGUCGUCAAGGAGACGCUGCGCCUCAUCCCCCCGGUGCACUCGUCGAUCAGGGUCGCCACACAGGACGAUGUCGUCCCGACCUCCGUCCCAGUCUCGCUGCGCGGCCGAGACGGGACGGUGGCAAAGGUGGACAGCUUUGUGAUGCCGAAGGGGGCAUGUGUCCACGUCCCGAUCGAAGCGUUCAACCUCGAUCGCGAAGUGUGGGGCACGGACGGGUGGGCAUUCAACCCGGAUCGGUGGGACAACCUGCCCGAGGCGGUCAAGUCACAGCCCGGGUUAUACAAUAAUAUCCUGACCUUUUCCGCAGGCCCUCGGUCGUGCAUAGGCCUCAAGUUCUCGAUCAUCGAGAUCAAGACGUUUGUCUUCAUCCUCCUCACGAACUUCAAAUUCGCACCGGCUGACCCGGUCGGCAAGGCCAACGUCGUAUUGACGCGCCCGUAUGUGGUGGACAGGCAUAAGGAGGGCAGCCAAUGUCCCCUGUUUGUCAUUCCUUUGAUGAAGGACACACCUGCGCCAUAAGUCCUCUAGGGUCCCGUUUCAUGAGUUCGCUGGGCGAUUUUCUCUGUAUCGCACAUCAUCUUGCGCUUCCUUUGCAUCUCAUCUCGCAUUUGCUUGUAUCUGGCAUCAUAUUGUACAUGUAGCCUCUGUAGCCCGUAUACAUUUCUUCUCGUAUUGCCCUCAUCCUCCCACACGACAUGGCCCGCGCCGAACUAACGGAUACAUCGCCAUGCUGAUGAGUUGUGUUUAGUGGCCGUACGUCGCCUUCAGACGCUCCUUGACGUAGUCCCCCGCGGUGACGACCUCAUACUUCGGCGGCCUUUCCGGGGAUACGCAGCUUGGGAUCGGCUCGAGCUUCACGUCGUAGUCCGUGCCAAAGAAGAGCGGGAUCGAGUACCGACGCACGCCGCUGCGGUUGAUCGCUCGAUGCACCGUCGAUUUGAAGAUGUCAUUAGUCCAGCGCGCGAAUUGGUCCGCGAUGUUCACCACGAGCGUGCCCGGGAUCGGCGGCGCGUCGAUCCACUGAUUCUGCUUGUUGAGUACCUGGAGGGCCUGGAUCCCCGGCUCUUGCCACAGGAUGGUAAAGCACUGGAAGUCCGUAUGUGCGCCAAUCCCAAUGACUCGGUCGUCCACAGGACCAGUCUGCGGAGGGUAAUGCAACACGCGCAUAAUCGCAGCAGCGUUCUUCGUCUUGUCGUCAAAGAAGUCGGCUGGAAGGUCGAGCGCGAGCGCGAACAGGGGAAAGAGCUUCCGCCCAAGGUCCACUGCUGCGUGGUAGUAGCUGAGGACGGACUCCCGGAAGUCGGGAAGCUCGGAGGGCCAGACGUUGGCACCAGCCAUGACGCCGUCGUUUGCGCGUUUCUCGUCGGCGGCGCGGGCGUCGAGUUCUUCCCAGCCGAACUCGAAGCCUUCGUGGAGGUCGCCGCGGUUGAGCGGGUCGUUGUUGCUGGUGAGGAUGGCAUUGUACCCCUUGAAGUUCGCGGUUUUGCGGAUGUCUAGCUCCAUCUUCUGGUCUAAUGGCAGAGAGAAGAAGUCUUUCGAUGCAGACAAGGCUUUAUCGAUGGUCUCCUCGGGAAUUCCAUGGUUUCUCACAUACAGAAAUCCGACGUUGAUGCAUGCGUCUCUAACAGCCUUUCCGAGUGCCUUCUUGCUCUCGGGGUUAGCGUCGUCUAUGUCCUUGAGGUCUAUUAUGGGGAUGUGGUCGAACGCCUCCGCAGACUCCGCGUCGUGCGCAGCUUGUACUAGCGACAUUGUGGUGACUGCUCA